AAAAGCUUUCGUCGCAGUCCAUGUAUAAACAGUCAAGAUGUUAAUGGAUAUACCCCACUACAUCACGCCUGUCUGAAUGGCCACAUCAACAUCGUGCGUAUCUUAUUGGCUCAUAAUGCUGUACCUGACAUGCCAGACAUAAGAGGCUCAACUCCAUUGUAUUUAGCAGCAUGGGCAGGUCAUGAUGAGAUAGUUAAACAACUAUUACUGCAAACGCCCAAAGCAGCUAAUCCAAAUGCGCAGACUAUUGAUAAUGAAACUCCACUGCAUUGUGCCGCACAACACGGUCACAACACUGUUUUAGCCAUUUUGCUUGCCUACGGCGCGGACCCCACUGUCCGCAACAAUAGUUUUCAAACUGCACUAGAUCUAGCAGCGCAAUUCGGACGGUUGCAGGCAGUUCAAACACUAAUACGUACACAUCCAGAACUUUUGGCUCCUUAUCGCUCGUCUGGUAGUAAUACACCCUCCAGCCCGGUAGCUGAGUGCACCCCAUACACCAUUUCGCCAUCAACACAUCUCUUUACUCACACAUGUUUGCAUUUAGCUAGUCGUAAUGGACACAAAAAAGUAGUAGAAGCGCUACUAGCCGCUGGAGUGGACGUUAACAUUAUGACGAAUUCGGGAACUGCUCUGCACGAGGCAGCACUUUGCGGCAAAAAAGCUGUGGUCAAUGUUCUAUUGCAAGCUGGUAUCAAUCCAAAUGCUACUGACGGUGCAGGUAACACAGCGCUUGAUUUGCUUAAAGACUAUCCACCUCACGUUACCUAUGAAAUUGUGUGCGCAAUAAAAGAUUUUUAUAAAGACGCUUCAAAUGGCACUCAUUUCAAACCAAUUAACGAGCUUAGCGAUGCAGAUGAUCAUGAACGCAGCGAUAGUUCCAUCUCGCCAGUGCCAAAUGUGACCUUCGAUCGAAGGACUAACGAACAAAAAGUCAGUGCCACAUCACACAAGGAAUUUCUAAUGCCAAAGACUAUAAAAGCAAAUGGACUCUCUGUUUCUAUGAGCUCAUUGGAAACGUCGACAAAACCGCAAGCAAAUUAUUUAAAAAUGAAGCCGAUACUUUGGCAAAAGUCUCAUGCAGGCAAUGCUUCGACAAAUUUCGCAGCAGUAAAUAAACAGCGAUCGCUGCUAAAUGUUUUUAAUAACGAACAGCGUGCACGAAGCCCUAGCAGUCCGAGUAGAUUUGGCAGCCGUAUCCUUAAACCGGACAAAACAUAUGAGCACAUCGCCUUGGCUAAAACCGGAUCGGCGAGUGAUGUCCUCCAUGGACAGAAACGCGCCAUACCCGCCAUUCGGUGCGAUUGCAAUGUUGACGAGUAUGUAAAGAUGACUAAUUCAAAUGCUUUUACACGCUCUUCACCAAACAUAGCACCGAAAAUGCCUUUACCAAGCUCGUAUUCCAUAAGCACUAAUGCCACAAUAUAUCAGCGACAGCGGUAUGUGGAUGAGUAUGUAGAAAUGACUGAUUUAAAUACUACUAUUACAUGCUCGACAUCAAGCAUUUCAUCGCCGAAAAAACCAAUACCAAGCCCGCGUUCCAUAAGAACCAAUGACUAUGCCAAUAUCAAUAUCAAUCACAUUUUAACCACAUCAAAUUCAAAUAUUAAUCGCACGCAAUCGGCAGCAGUGUUAUCACUAUCAACGUCGCGGGAAUUACAGACACAAAGCCCACCGACGCAGCCAUUAAUUGCAGAAGCUGCCAAGAAAGACGCAAACAACAAUACCAAUUAUCUUAAUGGUUGCAAAAACGUAAGUGAUAAGAAGCAUUCGCCUACACCCGACUUCCCGCCGCCAUCGGUUUCUCAAGCGGAGCACACAAUACUCGAAUUUAUGCGUCCCCGAAGUGUGCAGAGCAAACGACAAUCCGUAGGCCUGAAGCAAAAUCCGCAUUCUGACUUGGAAUCUUUCAUUGUAGACGCAAUUAAUCUGUUUGAGCUUCCCGAUUCUCCAACAAACUCUCGAGUGUCAGAUUGCGUGGAGGAGUUCGUGGGUGAUGCUCCUUUUGCCGGUCUCUUUAAAGGCUCCUCAUUAAAUUUAACAAUGGAUGGCAAGGAAGACGGCUUUUCCAAUAAUCAUAUAUCUAGUGGGCUACGUUCACCAAGUUUGGUGCGCUCAAUAAAACCGCUUCCACCUAAGCGAAACAUUUCACAGCAGAAAAAUAAUUCUAUCAGCAUUGAAGAUUUUAAUGAUGCGAAGGUUUGGGCCGAAAUCGACACGAUUCUAGAGAGUAUCGGCAAUGAAGUUAAUAAGGUGGAUAAGACUUUAAAAGGGGAGCUUGGAACCGAACAAACAACUACUUUUAACGUCACGAAAGACACGUUGCAAAUACGCAGGCCAGCAGACUUGUGCUUGGGCAAUAACAAUGACUGCAAUAGCAACUGGUGCCACUCGCCGAACACCCUUAUCUUUGGACAAAUACUUUACACCGUCUAUUAUCUGGGGUCAACAGUCAUUAGAGAAUUGCGUGGUACUGCUUCCACACGAAAAUCGAUACUGAAAUUUAAACGCAACGCUACACCACUGCCAGUGGUUAAAGAACGAGAAUCCAACCUGCUGAAGGAUUGUAAUAGUCUAACCAAAAUGCUAAAAGAGUCUAAUCAGGAUACACGCCUUAGAGUUGGGCUUGCGGUUUCCUCUGCUGGAGUGAAGUUUCUGAAUGCAGAAAAUAGUUCUACCAUUUGCAUACACGACAUUGAAAAUAUCAAUUGUGUAUGUCAGGAUGCUGAGGACUUGCGCUAUUUUGCGUAUAUAACGAAGGAGGAGGACAUUCACUACUGCCACGUUUUUAUGGUGGAUAAUUUGGAGCUUUCGCACGAAAUUAUUUUAACGUUGGGUGAGGCAUUUGAGGUUGCAUAUCAGUUGGCGCUAAGCAAAGACGAUGCUACUCAUUCGAAAUUUUGGGAAAGUGUAGCCGAGAUAUAGCUUAACUAUUCGAAUGUUAAUAUAGCUUCAAAAGGUUUUUGCCUAAAUCCGUUUUAUAUUUUUUGCUAGUCUCUUGGCCAUUAUGACCUAAUAUUAUUUGUAUUAUAAAAGGUAUUUAAAACCUAGAAGGUUUUGUUUACUUUUUUUCUACUAUUCAUAUGUCACGUUGAAGAUUCUGUUAAUUUUGAAUAU